AUAACCUUUGGUUUCAUGAUAUGCUUGACUGCCCAAUUCAUGGCAUCUCAGCUCCAUUUGUUUCGCCUUGCAUCCACGAUUGUAGUGAUACUUUUCCCUGGCGACGAGAAGAACAAUGAUAACUCCAAGUGCAAGUGAAAAAUCAGUCAACCAGUCGCCUGUUCUCUGAACUACAGGCCAUUGAAGGAGUCUCCGAAUUUUGGAACCCGAAUGGCCACUUGCUAUCCAGUACCCGUAGUUCCGGGUCAGACCCGCAUAGGCUGGAUAGGCAUAGGAGUGAUGGGCGGCGCGAUGGCCUCCCGCCUCCUAUCCGCCGGCUACAGCGUCACUCUCUACGCACGCACGCCGUCAAAGGCCGCCGAUCUCCAAUCCAAAGGCGCACAUUUAGCCGAAUCCCCCGCAGAUGUGGCGCGCGUUAGCGAUGUUGUGUUUACUAUGCUGGGACACCCAUCAGAUGUUCGACAAAUUGUCUCAGAGGGACCAAAAUGCAUCCUCUCUUCUCUCAACCCCAACGGCGUCAUCGUGGACCACACUAGCAGUCAUCCAGCUCUCGCCAGGCGAAUCUCCGACGCCGCUGUUGAGAAAAACUGCUGGGCAGUUGAUGCGCCCGUUUCGGGGGGCGAUACCGGAGCUAAAGAAGGCAAAUUGGCCAUCUUUGCUGCCGGGAAUGAAGAUGUGGUGAAGUGGUUGAACCCAUUGUUUGAUGUGAUGGGGAAGGGAACUUACAUGGGCGGUCCAGGAAAGGGGCAGAGUUGCAAGAUUGCGAAUCAGAUAACCGUUGGCGCGAACUUGUUAGGGCUGAGUGAAGGUUUGGUUUUUGCAGAGAAGGCAGGGCUGGAUAAAGGCAAGUUCUUGGAGGCAAUCAGGGGCGGGGCAGCCGGGUCGAUGGUUAUGGAGUUAUUCGGGAAAAGAAUGAUCGAGAAGGAUUUUAGGCCGGGCGGGUUUGCAGAGUACAUGGUGAAGGACAUGGGAAUGGGUGUGGAUGUUGGGGAGGAAGAAGAAGGGGAGGAUGUGGUGGUCUUGCCUGGUGCUGCAUUGGGAAAACAGCUUUUCUCAGGGAUGGUUGCUAAUGGAGAUGGCAAGCUUGGAACUCAGGGACUUAUUACAGUGAUAGAAAGGCUUAAUUGUAUGUGAGAAUGUGAGUGAGAUCAUUGCUUUCUUGGAUCAAUGGCUCUGUGAGGGAGACAACUUCACCUUGAAAGCAUGGCUUGCCCAUCCAUGUCUGUUUUCUAUUUGGGGGAGCCUAGUUUCUUGCUUCAGUAAUCAUUUGGAAUAUGUUGGGUGUUUUAAUGAACAUGAAAGUUUUAGUUGGGUUGUGUGCACUUGAGUUGAGGGCAAUACAAUUGUCCCUGUACAGAAUAAAUUUGAUGAGAAAUUGAUGUUUGGUACUUUGGUCAGUUGGUCUAUAUAAUUUGCUGGUUGAAUUCCCCUCUUAA